UUUACGCUGGAAACCCCGUAGCUCUCUCUUUCCCUUUCGGAGCCGGAGAUCAGGAGCGUGCACAUCGUUUCGUGUCUCUACAGACUUAAAAAUGCGUUACAUGGCCGCUUACCUGCUUGCCACCCUUGGUGGUAACAGCAGCCCCUCAGCAAAAGAUAUCAAGAAAAUCCUAUCCAGUGUAGGAAUUGAUGCUGAUGAAGAGCGCCUAGGCAAGGUUAUAUCUGAACUUGAUGGAAAAAAUGUUGACGACCUUAUCAAUUCCGGCCUUUCAAAACUGUGUUCAGUACCAUCUGGGGGUGCCGUAUCUGCUGCUCCUUCAUCGGCUCCAGCCGCUGGUGGUAAAGCUCCUGCACCAGCUGAAAAGAAAGAAGAAGAAAAGGAAGAAUCUGAAGAGUCUGAUGAAGACAUGGGAUUUGGGCUCUUCGAUUAAAUGCUUUAUUGUAACUUAAUAAAUGUUCCAUCAGA